CAUUAGAAUUAGUCAAAGAAAAGAUAAGCGGAAGUUUGGACGGGGGAGAAAAACGUGUACUGCGAUAAUGACAACAUAUCAAAGUAAUAACUGCACAUACGGAAUACAAACUGUACAGUAGAUAUGGAAAGUGAGAGAACCCCAGAUACAACCCCUAGAAGAAAGACGGCUUUAACGGGGAGCGCGAGAAAGUUGAAAGACAACGCCGCUGACUGGCACAACCUCAUCCUGAAAUGGGACAAACUGAACGACGAAGGAUCCACUAUAGCAAACAAGAUAGUCAACCAAGGAAUCAGUAAAGGGUCUCAGCAGCAUAACAUUAUGCUGGAAGACCUAGAAGGUUCCAACAGCACCAACACAGAAGAGACAGCUGGUCACAGCCGAGAACUGGAGGAGGAAUGUUCCAAGCUGCUGGCUGUGGUCGACAGAAUGAGCCGUGUGCUGUCUAAGAUGGAGAAGCUGGUUUCCACUGGGAGAGGAGUCCUGGAGCUGGAGAUGUUCCAGUGUGGAGCAGCGGGCAGGCCGACUCCUCUGUUCCUCACGUGGCCCACAACUCUGUUUGUGGAGGUGUCCGCCAAGCUGUACGAGGCCUACAGCCAGGAGCUGCGACUGAAGCAGGCUAUUCUCCAGGAGCUGGCUCACACAUCCAGGGCAGAUCUCUCCAUGGUGCACCUGUCCUGCUGGCUCCACCAGCCCUACCUGGAUGACAGCCUCAGACUGCAGCUGGAGGGACUGUUACUGGAGACAGGACACAGGACACUGUGAACAAAGGGGACAGUUUGUUUGUACAUAAAUGUUGUGUAAAAAAAAAGAAUAAUCUAUAUUUUUAUAGAUUCUAUUUAAUGUAUUUAAGUGAAAUACUACACAUACCCGUUUAAAAAUGUAUUAAAUCAAUGAAAGAACUGCAGGGACGGCAGUUGGAGGUUGUUUCGUACUAAGCUAGAUUAACUUUUAGAUCACUCUGUAUUGAUGAAAUGAUGCAGUAAAAGUGUCUUUCUCACAUCCUUUAUUGAGGAGAAUGAGUUCAACUGUACAGCUCAGCUCAUGAAAUGAUCGCACUGCACUAUCAUAAACAACUGUCACAAGAAACUUAAUAAAACCACAAUAUCCUCA